AAAAAUGAAAAGAGAAAAAGAAAAAAAAAAAGCAAAUAGUGCUCAAAAUAUUCAACGCCUUGUUUACGUGUCUUCAGCAUUCGACCAUAUCCCCCUUCCUCUCUUAAUAAUUCAGAUUCAGAUUCAGAUUCUCGCCGGUAAAUCCAUCCACACACCGGCGAUUUUACUAUGAAUCCUGAAUAUGACUACCUGUUUAAGCUUUUGCUUAUUGGUGAUUCUGGCGUUGGGAAAUCAUGUCUUCUUCUGAGGUUUGCCGACGACACAUAUCUGGAAAGUUACAUAAGCACCAUUGGAGUUGAUUUUAAAAUCCGUACGGUAGAGCAAGAUGGGAAGACUAUCAAACUUCAGAUUUGGGAUACAGCUGGACAAGAACGCUUCAGGACCAUCACUAGCAGCUACUAUCGUGGAGCCCAUGGCAUAAUAGUUGUCUAUGAUGUGACAGAUCAAGAGAGCUUCAAUAAUGUAAAACAGUGGCUGAAUGAAAUUGAUCGCUAUGCUAGUGACAAUGUUAACAAAAUUCUUGUUGGGAAUAAGGCUGAUCUUACUGCAAGUAGAGUUGUCUCAUAUGAAACGGCCAAGGCAUUUGCUGAUGAAAUUGGUAUUCCAUUCUUGGAGACCAGUGCUAAAGAUGCUACAAAUGUAGAACAGGCUUUCAUGGCUAUGACCGGUGCUAUCAAAAAUAGGAUGGCAAGCCAACCAGCCUCAAAUUCUGCCAAGCCUCCAACAGUGAAUAUCCGUGGACAGCCGGUGACACAGAGUGGUGGCUGUUGCUCAUCCUGAUUACCAAAAUAUGUUUGCUACUGUAAUGUUUGCUUUAUUGUCUCCCCCUUGUUAUGUCUAUUGUGGUUUGAUUAAACAUUAGCAAAGUUUGCUAGUAUUCCAAUAUAUUUUUUAGUCUGCAUUUGUGGUUAUGGAAUAGUUUGUAAUUCUGAACAUGUCAAUAUUAGCAUUAUUUAUCGAAGUUCCUUUGACAUUGGACCA